AGAUUGUGAAGUAUGUGAGAGAAGAAAUGCCAACUUCAGUACACCACUUUGAUGUGUGGCAUGUUGUAAAAGGCCUGAAGAAGAAACUUCUUGCCCUUUCCAAGGAGAAGGAAUGUGAGAGACUCAUGGCGUGGAUAAAAAGUCUAUGUAACCACAUGUACUGGUCAGCAGCUUCAACACCAAGUGGGAAUGGGCAACUUAUGCUGGAGAAAUGGGAAUCUGUGAUCAACCAUGUUCAAAACAUCCAUGAACAUGAUGGUGACAUUUAUACAGAGUGUGCCCAUGGCCCAUUGGAAGAGAGUGCGCGCAAAAAGAAGUGGUUGCAGCCAGGGAGUAAAGUGGCAGAACGUUUAGCAGAUAUUGUCACAUCCAAACAAAUGAAAAAAGAUGUUCCAAAACUGUCACCAGGGCCACAAACUGCCUCCCUUGAGGGCUUUCAUUCUGUUAUCAAUCAUUUUGCCCCCAAAAUGAUUGGCUUCUCAUUUCAUGGAAUGUACUCACGUAUAGUACUCGCGGCAUUGCACUUUAAUGAAAAUGCAAUGCGUGAUCAGGCCACCACUAAGGACGGAACAAAGCGAUUUGAUGUUGUAUUCCCUAAAUACAAGAAAGGAGAAUAUUCCGUCCGAAAAAUUAAAGUUGACUGCACCUAUGAAUACAUUGGUCAAUUAAUGGAUGUAGCUGUCACCUUAGCAGAGGAAAAACCCAUGAAUUCAAGUGUCCUGGACCUUGAAGAUGUACCACCACCCCUUGCAAGUGCAUAUGAAAAGCCAGAGAAACAAGUGGCAAUACAGGAAAAGAUUUCGAGAUAUGCCAACGUCAUUGAAUCAGAUUUAUAUGACAGUGUUGAUGAGCCAUCCUGCUCCAAUGCAUGAGAAUGAGAAUUUUAAGACAUUUUAUAGUUAUUGCACUGGAUUAAAUUAU